AUGGCUACGGCUGAGUUGCAACCAUCCAAACUCGGAAGGAAAGACCAUUGGGACAACAUAUACAGCAAGGAGCUACAGAAUUUCGAGGAGAUCGGGGACGAGGGUGAAGUAUGGUUCGGUGAGGACAGUGUGGAGAAGAUGGUCUCUUGGGCCUUGGACAAUGUUCCACCCUCAUCCAGGAAGUCGCUGCUCGAGGUUGGCAGUGGCAAUGGCACGCUGCUCUUUGCGAUGUGCGAGGCUGGGUACUCUCCGGAGUACAUGCUCGGUAUAGACUACAGCGCCGAUGCUGUCAAGCUCGCUCGAGCAAUUGCGCCGACUCGCGGAGCGGAGAACCUCGCCUUCGAGGAAUGCGAUUUUCUACACGGCGACGUGCCGUCUUUGGGCGGCGAAGCAGAAGGCUGGGACCUCAUCAUGGAUAAGGGAACGUACGAUGCCAUCGCUCUGGGGGAGAAAGACGAGCACGGGCGAUCACCCGCCGCUGGCUAUCCCCGACGGCUCGCGAAUCUGCUUAGGCCGGAUGGAUUCUUCCUCAUCACAUCCUGCAACUUUACCGAAGACGAGCUAAGAAGCAGCUUCGAGACGGCGGCAACGGGCCUGAAAUAUCACUCUCGCGUGCAACAUCGUUCGUUCACUUUCGGAGGUCAAAGUGGACAAACAAUCUCCACUGUAGCAUUCUACAAACCAGCAUGA